CCACGACAUAACCGUCAUUUCAUGCCACUGUUACUUCUGCCAUCCCGAAGGUUAGAUCCUUACGCAUCUUCAAUCUGAUGGCCACGACGGAUUUAUACGAUAGCGCUCUUGCGCCUACCGCCUCACCCUCGAUUUCCGUGUCGCUUCCUCCUACUCCACCACGUUCAACAUCCGAUCCUACAGAUACGCACGCUUCGGAAUCUGUAUAUACGGCGUCUCAGCCUCCUCAGCCUUCAGUUAUGCAGUCCCAGCUACCCGAGGGCGUCGACGCGAACUCACCUUCAAUCCUGUCUAUGCUCAAAUCCGUUCCGAACCAUUUGCACGCCAACCUCCCUAUGCCACAUGAAUGGCCCUCUCUCUACUCUGGAUUCGUUCUCAAAAAUGCGUCCUCUGUUGCGCAAAUCGAAUCGGCACUCCGUAGCCUCACUUACAUCAUCCCUGGCCGGUUUCGCGACGCUGAGAUUGCCUCGGAAUCUCUUCAUUCCUCUAUCCAGCUGCUCUCACUAUAUCACGACUCACUAUUAGCUCGCGCUGUCGCAAGAUUACCUGGCAUGCCGCGUGUCGAUAAUCCCCAUACUCGGUAUACGAAAUACUGGACAGGGAAGUCGAAGGUAUAUACAAGGGUUGCAUUGGUGCUCCAAUGCGCGCAGUAUACGGAGCUGUUGUGGGAGAUGACCGCGAAACGACGCGGGGAGAAAGUCCGAUGGCGAGUUGUGGUACUCAUAGAAGCGCUGAAGGCUUUCUGCCGACUGUUACUCUUGCGUAUAACUGGCGGGCGCAUGGUUGUCCCACCGUUACCCGACCGGGAGCCGAUCCCAGAGGAGCCUACAGAUGACAACGAGUUAGAGUAUGGGGAGGAUGAGUUUUUUGUCAAAGAGGAGAAGAAGCCAAAGGAAUGGUCAAUGCCGCGGACCGGUCUAACUCUCCCGGCUCUACCGAGCCCCAGUGAUAUCAGCAGCUUUCUCAUGCGAAAGGUUCUGACCGCUGAUGACAUCAAGCCCGCCACGACUCUCCUGUCACGCAUCUCUGGAACGGCACAUCUCGCAGAGGUUCUCCAUAUCCUUCGACCAGUACUAUACGCCAUCGCCAUGUCGCGAAACAAGGACAAGAAGAGCUGGCGGCCAUGGCUUUUUGCGAUCGCCAUUGAACUCUCUGCGAGACAGUUGCGAGCUGAGAGAGGGCGUAAUGGAACGCGGGAGACAGCGCUGGAGAAAGAAGAAUGGAAUAGGAGAGGGCGGGCUAUGGGUUGGUGGACGUUGAGAGGUGCGUUCUAUGAGAAUGUGACGAAAGGCUGGGUGCAAAGCUUGGUGGGUGCUAAGUACAUGCCGGGCUUGGUGGGAGGUAUUCUGGAGGAUUAUGCAUUUUUAUGGGAGGAGUAUCAUUUCGCAUCUGAUGAUAUGUAAGAGUCUGAAGGACGGACGCGUUAAUACGAGGAAACGGCAAGAGCUGGAAGCACGACGACACGGAUUUGCAUCAUUGCACAAUCUCCAGACACGGUGCAGCAAAUUGAAGUCAGCGAGCUUGUUAUACUAUCAAGGCGUAUGGGGUGGUGGAGUCGGUAAAAUAUGCGGCUGGAUCCACCUUCUGGGAGAUUUCGUGCGGCGUUUGGUUUUACUGUAUAUUAUUUGAUAUCGUUACGUAGCAUUGCACCAGUGUCAUGGAACAAUUAUAAUAACUAAACCGAAAUCACAGCCAAACUUUGG